UUCCACUGUUCAGCACAUACCGUUAAAUUGGCAUGCAGCCUACGCUUGGGUCCUGUAGCAGGAGACUGCGCUGCUUUUGAAAAUGUUGCCGUCUUCUCACCGGAGUAACCUCGGACAGCAGGGCAGGGUUGCAUUAUUUUACCUUAUGUGCGGUAUUACAGGUGUGUGGGGCAGUCAGGUGGUGGUGCCUCAGAGGGUGAACGCUGUGCUGGGGAAGAAUGUGACAUUAGAGUGCAGAGUGGAGGUGGGCACAAACCUUACUCUUACUCAGAGUUGCUGGGAGCGCCGUCUGCCUUCAGGCUCUGUCACAGUGGCUGUCUACAACCCACUGUUGGGCAUCUCCAUCCCCCCAGAAUAUAUCCGUCGCUUGUAUUUUCGCUCACCCUCCUCUCAUGAUGCCACCAUCAUACUGGAAAACGUGGGCUUUUCUGAUGUUGGGAUCUAUACCUGUAAGGUUGCUACAUUUCCUCUGGGAAAUACUCAAGCCUCCACUACUGUCAAUGUACUCGUGGAGCCGAAGGUCUACGUGUCUGCAGGCUCAAGUGCCCUGAUCGACGGUGGCAAUGAUACCGUGGUGGCUACCUGUAUUGCUGAGCGGGCCCGGCCCCCUGCUGAGGUGUCCUGGGAGUCCAACCUUUUUGGCCAGUCAGAAGUGCAGCUAUUUGACGAAGUCAACGGCACUACCAGCACACAAGUGAGCUACCUCUGGCAGCCCACACGUCACGUCCAGGGCCACACGCUCACCUGUGUUGUGCGCCACCCGGCUCUGCAGAGUGACUUCAGGAUCCCCUACCAACUCAAUGUGCAGUUUGCUCCUGAUAUCUCAGUUGUGGGCUACGAUGGAGACUGGUACGUGGGUCGGGAAAAUGUUCAAAUGACGUGCAAAGCCAAUGCAAACCCACCGGCUCAUCACUUCAGAUGGAUAAGAUUGGACAGUGAAAUGCCAGAAGGGGUGGAAAUAAUGAACAGCACUUUGCUCUUCCUGCGUCCUCUCCAGCGGAAUGACUCUGGAGUUUACAGGUGUGAGGUUGCCAAUGACAUCAACCUUCGCAGUCGGGAUGUGCGCAUUCUCAUACAAGAUCCUCCCACCAUGCCUUCCACCAUUACUGCUCCUGUCCUAACUGGCUCUGCCUCCUCUACCUUAGUGGAUGAUAAGGGGCAUGUCCUAAUCAGCUCCCCCACACUUGAAGCCCUACCUGAGAGUAAUCUUGGUUCCAUAGUGGGUGGGGCUGUGGGCGGGGCCUUGUUCCUCCUGCUGCUGCUGUGUCUGGUUGGCGUGUGUUACCUACGGAAACAGCAGACCUUCCACGGGAACUACUACACCAAGCAGUACCUGGGCGCUAAUGACCUCCAGAAAGCCCCCACGCAGCACGAGCUCCACCCUACCAAAGCUGGCAGCAGCUCCCACCAUCAGGACCACGACCGUGAGGAGUGGGGCGACCGCCAGCUCAAACAUGAGCGCGACCGUCGUCACCAUAGCAACUACAACGGAGAGGAGUAUCCCUCUAAUGGCUACACUAGGGCGAUGAGGGAGAGCAGUCACCACAGCCAUCAGCAGAAUCAGCACUGUGAACACACACAGUAUUCUAGUCCACGGCAGGCCAGAUGUGCCAGAUACCCUCAUUCACCUAAACUGCAGGGAAACGGCGCCCCCUACCUGUCGGAUGAAUGCUACGAUAGCGGGCCUGAGGGUGACUAUGUCUCUCAUACAGACGGGUCUGUCAUCUCACGUAGGGAGUGGUAUGUUUGACAAGCUUCCUCGUCCUGCAGGGGCAGAAAUACGACAGAAACCAGAGGGUUUAAAUUAUUAAAUUAGUUAACAACACAUUAUUUCUCUUGUGUACACACAUGCACACUUCUAUUAAUCUCAAUUCUAUAGUUCCCUUGUUUUUGUUCAAGUGUCCUGGUCGGUGCUUGAGAUAUAAUGUUCCUGUUCUUGAUAUGGACAGACUGUGGACUGCAUAGCCGCUUUGACAGUCAACAUCUACAUGCCUGCAGAAGUCGGGCAUGUCACUAGUUUGUUUAUGUAGAGACUAACGAAAGAUUAUGGUGUAUGUUCUGUCUCUGCCUUACUACAUGGACUGCAACUUUAUUUAGCAUUACUAAUUUCUUUCAGUUGAAUGGAAGCCCUGGGGGCUUACGGACCACACAUAGUUGUUGUAGAAGAACUUACUUCUUUGUUGUUGUUUUUUUGUUUUCUACAAAAUCAGCCUUCUCAGGCUAUGUGACACUCAUUUUCUAUGUGUAGAUCAUGAUUGGCUAAUAUUCAAGAAUGGUACAGAACCUGUGACUGGAAGUACAUCCAUGAAAUUCAGAUGGUCACAGGUCCUUUUUCCAAACCUCAGUAGAACACAGCAGAGGCAUAUAAUUUAAAAACAAAAAAGAAUUUGUCUUGGUGACAAAUCAGAAUUCCUUCAUGACUGAUGACCUCUCCGUAACAUAUUGCACUGCCUUUUGCAAAACUUUAUAAUGGACGACCACAUCAUUUGUUUUCUACUAAAAUGUCUACUCUUUAUGUAACUUUUACCAUGAUGGGACACUUGUGAGCUUGAGGACUUGACCCCUGAUGUCCUAGCAGUGUCCUUUAAAACUGAUGGCCUAGAGUGGGAACCUUAAGAGCAUUUCUACUGUAUGUCCUCCGCUCAUCUUUUAUCCCCAGGAGGGAGAGGUGGAGAGAGGGCAUGCAGGGAGGCCUGCAUGAACGAGCAAUGGUCCACUGUAACAACAGACUGGGUUUAUUGAACAGCCGAGCCUUGAUAUGCAAAUGUGCUACAGAAUAAUGCAAGUUUAAAAAAACUGGAAUAAUGUUCAUUCUGUUUAACCUUUUUUAUAAUUUGUCAGCCUUUUUUGAUUUGGAGUUUCAGGGUAGUUGUUCUCUUUUGUUAGCCACAAACACAUUCUUCUGUCGUCUGCCAGAUGAUAAUUUGCACUCUGGCAACAAACCAGGGCUCUCAGAAGUUCAAGAGUGCUAUCAGCAGGGGCAUUGUUUAAAGCAGGCUACAGUAUGGCAGCCACCGUAUUCUGGCCUCCUAGUCACAAAGUAUUUUGUUACACAAAGAAGUCAUUCAUGAGUGCAGCCAGUACACCCUACCACAAAUAUCCAAUGGACUGGAUUUCACUACUCUGAGUAAUCUGUCGAAACAAGACAUGACUGUCACUUACAAUCUGAUGCAUUAAUAGGCUUAUUGUCGCUUAUGCACGUGUGCAACUGCACACUCUAAUCAUGUUCACCAGUUCUUUUCAAAUUAAGCAUUUAUUAUUACUAACACAGUAAAAUAUAUGAUAUAUAGACAAAUCGGGCCUUUUGGGGUGGAUGUCCUGUCACCUGUGGUUAUCAAAACCUCAGUUGCACUGAUCAUUAAAUCUCUCACUCAUAAUUACUUUCAGUAGCCAUAAAGUAAUACACCCUGUUUUAUUUUCUCUGAAAAGGGUUUCAGGCUGGAUUUACUAUUAAAUCAUUUGUAACCAGCCACCUUUAAUUGCUAAUUGUUGCAGGACAUACCAAGUACUGUGAUUGUGUUUAGGAGGAAGUGUUUUACAUGUCAGUGUAAUUUGGGUUAUGGAGCCCCAUUGUAGUUCUGGUGUCAAACUUAGAUAAAUCUUAUUAUAGAUUUAAAGAUACAUUUCUGUUAUUGUAUGUGAUCAGAUACACACACACACACACACACACACACACACACACACACACACACACACACACACACACACACACACACACACACACACACACACAAUCUAAAGUAUUUCAGCACAUGCACGGAUUUACCAGGAGGAGAUCCAACAGUUUCUUUCAUGUACACUAGUGUUUGUGAAUACAUGCUGACUUUUAGUAGUAUGGUCACCUAUACGAUAUUUGCUGCCAAAUGCCAAAUAUUUGUUUAACUUGUAUGUAUAAAUAUAAUGAUGACAGUGUGUCACAUAAGUAUUGCCGUCUAGCUGACAACUGAUUAUAAGCUUAUAUACAUGAUUAACGUAUCACUGUUGUAUACAAGGCCUUGUAGCCUGAAAUAGAAGUGAAAAGAUGCUUUAGGCCACUUUAAUAUUACAGUAACAGUCGUCAAAAUGGGAAAUAGUUAUGUUAUGAAGUCACACUAAUUCUUUGCAUUUGAUAAUGUGCCACUGUAACUUGCAGAGAAUAUGAUCCAUAUACUACAAUUCAUGUUUCAACUGUUGUUUCAACCGCUGUGCAGUCCACUAGGACUACUUUAUCUCCAUAAACAGAAGCUGUCCAUUCCAAUAACUACCUAAAGUGUCAGUGCUCUCCAGUUACAUUAACAUAAUUCCCUACUUACCACUAGUGGUGUACAUAAAGCUUUUAGUGUAAUAUGGCCAGGUUUUGAGAUUUCCAUCUCUGAGAUCUGUGUUUCUUUGUAAUUUGGGUCAACUGAGACUUUACUGGGAGUGUCCAAAAUGAAGUGUACAGUUGGCAAUUUGUGAACUACAAUACCACAUUUAGAUUGUUAAAUUAAAAGUAUGGUUUUUAGGAGUGGCCGCACUGCUGACGCCUAUUCAUUCUGUCUUUCUGGUCACUUUCACAUAAAAACAGGAAGCGCAGCAGCUUAAUCCCCUUCUUGUGUUUGCUUCUAUGCACUAAGACGGAAAUUCUACUAAUCAAUAUACUGUUUUUGCUUGACUCGUCAGUUUGCAGCCCUAGACCUGGAUUAAUGAAGAUCUUUUGUACGGUGACAUUUUGUAUAGAGAUCAACUAUUAAUAUCUUUACCUUGAGAAAUGUCCUUCACUUUGGGUUGAGAAGUACAACUAGUGCCUUAGAUACCUAGAAGAAGUGUGUUUUCUUAUUGUUUACUUAUGGAUUAAGAACCUGCUUUUUUUUUCUCUGUGUGAUUUAUUUGCUGCCUUUUUUGUUUAGAUUUUCACUGCAUACAUGUGUCUUAGGAGGACUCCAUAGUGCCAUAUUCACUUUUCUGCCCUUGUCACAAUGACGGUUAAUGACGCAGUAUAUUUGUGACCCUAGAGGCAUUAAAACACACACAAAAAGACAAAGCUUGAAUGAACUUUGAUGUAAAGUGAGUUAAAUCAUCUCUACUUCACAGGUAUCUGUCAGGGGUUUUUGGUUUCUGUAGAAUCACUGUUGUUCAAAGGAGAAUUACCUUCAGUCAAUGAAAAGCACCUUGUGCUCAUGUUUGUUUUUUGUAUAUACAGAAGAAAAUGUAAGUUUCUGGAAGGAAAAAAAAUAUUUAUGUCUGACGACAGUGCAGUAUUAUUUUGUCAAUCUUUUUGAGAUACUUUAGUUCAAUAAAGCACCUUAGCACCUGUGA